UAUCAAUACCACUAUAACAUUAAAGUAGGAAAACCUAUCAUAUGUUUAGGCAAAUGGAUGGGUGUUUGUCACACAAGCGAUAUGUUGCCAGCCUUUGGUCACCCUUUCCUUAUGCCCACCGACUAUAUAGACCGCGAAAGAGAUAUAUCGGUAAAAAUGAUGGACUCUUUCAUCAGUUUUAUAAGAACGGGCGUUUCGAUAGAGAACGGAGUAAUCAAUGGAUUCACACAAGUAUUCAACGGCACAGAAGUGGACACAUAUUUGGGUAUUCCAUACGCGGAGCCACCGGUCGGUGACCUCCGCUUCCGAAGACCAGUGCCGGCGAAGAAGUGGACCAAACCUUUGGACACAAUUAAUUGGCCAAAUGCUUGCUAUCAAUCAGACGCUGAGUUAUUAACGAUGCAAAACAAAAAUCGUAGCGAAGAUUGUCUUUAUCUCAAUGUAUUUUCACCCAAACCUAAUAAGUCGGACACUGGACUCAAACCAGUGAUGGUUUGGAUCCACGGCGGGGCCUUCAUUAUAGGCUCGUCCAGUGAAGUACAAUACAAUCCCCUCGUAUUGUCUGCCAGAGGAGAUGUUAUCAUUGUAUCAAUUAAUUACAGAUUGGCGUCUUUGGGAAUGCUAUACUCGGGAACAGAUGACGCGCCCGGGAAUACACUCUUCUGGGACCAGACAUUAGCCCUUCAAUGGGUUCAGGCAAAUAUCCGUCAAUUUGGCGGAGACGCCAACAAAGUGACCAUAUUUGGAGAGAGCGCCGGUAGUCAAUCAGUGAGUGGUCACAUAGUGUCGCCAUUUAGUCGAGACUUAUUUCAAAACGCUAUAAUGAUGUCCGGAUCAGCACUAAUGUAUGGAGCCGUCGAUACACCAGAAAAUUCACUCAAAUAUUGGUUAAAACAAUCGCAACAAAUCGGGUGUUCAGAUGAAAGUGACCACAAGUUUACACCAAAAAUAAUGGAUUGUUUGCGAAAAGUGCCGAUUGAAAAGUUGGCUCUAAUACCUGUUUCGCCAUUAAUCCCAUCAACUAAUAAGUUAGAUAUGGUUCCACUUUUUGUCGUCGACGGAAAGAUAUUUCCCAAAACUCCGAUUGAAAUGUUAGAAACAAGAGAUUAUAAGAAGGGUUUAAAUCUAAUGAUAGGCAACACUCAAGACGAGGGGUCUAUCCUAUUGGCGAUGUUAGUCGAUAACAUCACUUAUAAUAUAAUUAAUCCCAAAAACUUUACAUAUAAUGAAGCAUUUGAUACAUUGAAGACAUUAUCUUCCGGACUAAGACUUAGUAAACCGCUUAACGGCGAAGACGUCUCCCGAAUGUAUUUCACGGGUCUCUCCACUCAUACCCACAAAGACUUAUUGAUCCAAACAAUUGGUAUCGCUUUCGGAGAUUAUGUUAUCACUUGUCCGACCAUUCAGUUCGCGAAGAAUGCCCUUUCAAAAAUCAACGCAAAGAGUGUAAGCGUUUCGAUAGAGAACGGAGUAAUCAAUGGAUUCACACAAGUAUUCAACGGCACAGAAGUGGAGUCCUAUUUGGGUAUUCCAUACGCGGAGCCACCGGUCGGUGACCUCCGCUUCCGAAGACCAGUGCCGGCGAAGAAGUGGACCAAACCUCUGGACACAACCAAAUGGCCAAAAGCUUGUUAUCAAUCCAGUGCUGCGCUACAAAUGUUACAAAAUCCAAGCAUGAGCGAAGAUUGUUUGUAUCUCAAUGUAUUUUCACCCAAACCUAAUAAGUCGGACACUGGACUGAAGCCAGUGAUGGUAUGGAUCCACGGCGGGGGUUUCGUUGUGGGCGCCUCCACUGAAUUCUACACAAAUCCUAUGGCAUUAGUGACGAGAGGCGAUGUUAUUGUUGUGUCCAUUAAUUACAGAUUGGCGUCUUUGGGAAUGUUAUACUCGGGAACAGAUGACGCGCCCGGAAAUACACUCUUCUGGGACCAGACAUUAGCCCUUCAAUGGGUUAAGAAAAAUAUCGGUCAGUUUGGCGGAGACGCUAAUAGAGUGACAAUAUUUGGUGUAAGCGCUGGUAGUAUUUCAGUGUCUGGUCUUAUAUUAUCGCCAAUGAGUCGAGAUUUGUUUCAAAACGCUAUAAUGAUGUCCGGAUCGACACUUCUUUACGGAGCCGUUUCUACACCAGAAAAAUCUGUCAAAUAUUGGUUAAAACAAUCGCAACGAUUGGGAUGUUCUCAGAAAACUGACAAAACAUUUAACACCAAAAUAAUGGAUUGUUUGCGAAAAGUUCCGAUUGAGAAGUUGGCUCUAACACCUGUCGGUCCAAUCAUCUCAUCGACCAAUAAAUUAGCAGCGGUUCCCCUCUUUGUCGUCGACGGAAAAAUAUUUACUAAAACUCCGUUUGAAAUGUUAGAAACAGGAGAUUAUAAGAAGGGUUUGAAUCUAAUGAUAGGUAACGCACAGGACGAGGGGUCUCUACUAUUGUCGAUGUUUGUCGACAACAUUACUUAUAGUAUGUUUAAUCCUAAAAGUUUCACAUAUAAUGAAGCCUUUGAUGCAUUGAAGACAAUGUCUUCGAGUAUAAGACUUAGUAAACCGGUUAACGGCGAAGACGUCUCCCGAAUGUAUUUCACGGGUCUCUCCACUCAUACACCCAAAGACUUAUUAAUCCAAGAAAUUGGUAUCGCUUUCGGAGAUUAUUUAAUGACGUGUCCGACCAUUCAGUUUGCAAAGAAUGCCUUUUCAAGUGACAAAACCGGAACUAAAGUCUAUCAAUACUACUAUAACAGCAAAUUAGGAACACCUAGAUAUUUAUGUUUUAGUAAAUGGAUGGGUGUCUGUCAUGCAAGUGAUGUCAUUCCAGCCUUUGGUGUGCCAUUCAUUCAGCCAAAAAACUAUUUGGAUCGCGAGAGAGACAUAUCCUCACAAAUGAUGGACUCCUUCUUGAAUUUGGCCAAAACUGGUAAUCCGGGUGUUAUAGACGGCGCCCAAUGGCCGCAAUACUAUUCAAUGGGAGCCAAUAUAAUAGCGCCGUAUUAUGAGUACACAAAUGAACCGAAAUCUGUCACUAAUUUCAACACUGGAUUAAAGAUCGAUGAAUGCGAUUAUCUAUGGAAUCAAUACAACCAUUGA